UCACUCCCUUUGCUAUGAUUUCAUCAUCAAUUCUAAGCCAGCACCUGGACAGCAAUGGUGUACAGUCCAAGGCCAGGUGGACCACAAGAAUUUUCUCUCCUAUGACUGUGGCCUGGACAAGGUCAGAUCCAUGAGUGCCCUGGGAGGGAAAGUGAAUGCCACAGUCACCUGGGAAGAUCAAAACACCAUGCUGAGAGAAAUGGGGGAUAUGCUAAAACAGCAACUGGCUGACAUUAAAGCAGAAAAUGGCAUGGCCAGGGCUCUCGAGACCCUGGAGGGGAGGAUGACUUGUCAGCAUAAAUCCAGUGGAUGCACCAGUGGCUCCUGGCAGUUUGGAUUCAAUGGACGAAUGUGGCUUCGCUUUGACUCAGACAAGAGAAGCUGGACAGAGGUUCAUCCUGGGUCCAACUGGAUGAAAGAAAAGUGGGAAAAUGACAGGGAAGUGUCCGAAUUCUUACACAAGACCUCAAUGGGUGACUGUAGAACCUGGCUUGAGAAGUUCUUGGUGGAAUGGGAACCAGAGCUGGAGCCAACAGGACCUUCAACCACCACCCCAGACAGAGUCUCCCAGGAGUCCACAGCCAGCACCCUUAUUCCCUCGGUCCUGCUCUUGAUCCUCACCUGCUUCAUCCACCUAGGCCUCCAGAUCUUCCUCACAGACAAAUGAAGAUGAAAGUGCAAAUCCAGAGGCUCCAGCAUGUCAGACUUUGGGAUAUGAAAAGACAUCACUGUUUCUCAGGCUCCAUGACUCAGAUUUAGCCUUAGACCAUCAGCCCUCAAUCCCAGGUCUUUGGUUCAAACUGAAUUAAUCCCCUUGCUUUCCUGAUUCUCCAGCCUGCAGACAAACACUGGAAUGUCUUGACUCCAUAAACCAUAUACUGUGGGAGACCAACCUUGCACUUGACUGAGUCACACUCCCCGGUGGGUGCUGAGGGGCUCAGUCGCAGA